CUACGGCUGCAGGAGCAGCUGGGUACGGGACACAGAAACUGGUUAUUACAUGAGAGAUGGAUUCAGUAUUUGGUAGAAAUAAAGAAGAACAUCCAGAGCCCAUAAAAGCUGAGGUGCAAGGUCAGUUCCCCACUUGGUUGCAAGGGAUACUUCUCCGAAAUGGCCCAGGCAUGCACACAAUAGGGGACACUAAGUAUAACCACUGGUUUGAUGGCUUGGCUCUGCUGCAUAGCUUUACAUUUAAAAAUGGUGAAGUUUACUACAGAAGUAAGUAUCUCCGAAGUGACACAUACAACUGCAAUGUAGAAGCAAACCGAAUCGUGCUGUCUGAGUUUGGAACUAUGGCUUAUCCAGAUCCAUGCAAAAACAUAUUUGCCAAGGCAUUCUCAUAUUUGUCUCACACCAUUCCUGAGUUCACAGACAACUGCCUGAUCAACAUUAUGAAAACUGGGGAUGAUUUUUAUGCCACCAGUGAGACUAACUUCAUCAGGAAAAUUAACCCACUGACUCUGGAGACACUAGAGAAGGUUGAUUACACCAAAUACGUAGCUGUAAAUGUGGCAACUUCUCACCCACACUAUGACAGUGCUGGUAAUACUCUCAACAUGGGUACUUCAAUAGUUGAUAAAGGGAAGACAAAAUACAUUCUAUUCAAGAUUCCUCCCUCUGUGCCAGAAAAAGAAAAGAAGAAAUCUUGUUUUAAACAUCUGGAAGUGGUAUGCUCCAUCCCUUCUCGCUCUCUGCUCCACCCAAGCUACUACCAUAGCUUUGGAAUCACAGAAAAUUACAUUGUCUUCAUAGAGCAGCCAUUCAAACUGGAUAUUGUCAAAAUGGCAACUGCUUAUAUCCGAGGAGUGAACUGGGCUUCCUGCCUUGCCUACCAUAAGGAAGAUAAGACUUGGUUUCACUUUGUAGACAAGAAGACUAAAAAAGAAGUAUCCACCAAGUUUUAUACUGAUGCUAUGGUGCUUUUUCACCAUAUAAAUGCUUAUGAAGAGGAUGGCCACAUUAUUUUUGAUAUUAUUGCCUAUACAGACAAUAGCUUAUAUGAUAUGUUCUAUUUAAAAAACCUGAAUAAAGACUUUGAAGAAAAUACCAAGCUUACCUCCAUACCAACCUGCAAACGAUUUGUUGUUCCUCUGCAGUAUGACAAGGAUGCUGAAGUAGAUUCUAAUUUAGUCACAAUUCCAUCUACCGCAACUGCUGUAAAAGAGAAAGAUGGCAGCAUCUAUUGCCAACCUGAAAUACUAUGUGAAGGGAUAGAACUGCCUCGCAUCAACUACGACUAUAAUGGCAAGAAGUACAAGUAUGUCUUUGCAACGGAAGUUCAGUGGAGACCAGUUCCUACAAAGAUUGCAAAAUUUAAUAUCCAGACAAAGGAAAUGCUCCACUGGGAAGAGGACCACUGCUGGCCAUCUGAGCCCAUUUUCGUUCCCAGCCCUGAUGCAAAAGAAGAAGAUGACGGCGUUGUUCUGACCUGUAUUGUGACAUCUGAUCCAAAGGAAGCACCCUUCCUACUUGUCUUGGAUGCUAAAACAUUCAAAGAAUUGGGCCGAGCCAAAGUAGAUAUAGAUAUGCAUCUGGACCUGCAUGGAAUGUUCAUACCAGAGAAAGAUUUGAAGACUGAGACUGAGUAA